AUGUCUGAAUCUGAUUCUUCUGAUUCCUCUAUGAAUGAAUUGGAUGAAACUGUUAAUGUUGGUGAGUCUAGUGCUAAUCCUUUGAACCUUGAAACUGAAAAUUCCAUUGAAUCACCCGCAGAAGUUGAUAAGAAUAAGAAGAGAGAUAGGUCGCUCACAUCUAAUGUUUGGGAUUACUUCAAAACAAUUGGUAAAGGAUCUGAUGGGAAAAAUAGAGCUGAAUGUCUUGCUUGUGGGAAGCAAUAUGUAUGUGGUGGUCAUGACUAUGGAACUUCAUCUUUGAGGCGUCACAAAAAUGCGUGUCAAAUGAUUCCAAAGUUUCAUGAAACUACUGCUGGUAAACUAAUGCUUCAUCAAGGUGCCAAAUUGAGAACUAGAAAAGUGGAUAACAAAGUUGUACGUGAUAUGUUAGCCAUGUCUAUCAUAGAGCAUGACCUUGCUUUCAAUUUUGUGGAGUAUAGGAGGAUUAGAGAGUUAUUGAAAUAUUUGAAUCCUGAAGUAAAGGUACCCUCUAGACGUGCUUCCACAAUAGAUAUUAUUAAGUUUAAAAUUCUUAAUUUUUGUCAUUGUCCUCCUCCACAUUCUGGGCAAGAGUUGGCUAAGAUUGUGAAUGAUUUCUUGGUGGAUUGGGGAAUCGAGGGAAAAAUAUUCUCAUUGACUUUGGACAAUGCUAAGUCUAAUGACACAUUGGAAAAGUCUUUGAGAGAUAGGUUGAAGAAUAAUAAAAGUUUGUUAUGUGAUGGUGAAUUUUUUCAUGUUCGUUGUUGUGCCCACAUACUAAACCUCAUAGUUCAAGAUGGUUUGGAUGUUGCUAAUGAUGCUUUAUCCAAAAUUAGAGAAAGUGUCAAGUAUGUUAGGGCAACGCAAGGAAGAAGGGAUGUUUUUAAAGUUUAUGUGGAGAAACAUGGUAUUGAUAAGGAGACAAAGGUUGGUUUGCGUUUGGAUGUUGUUACUAGGUGGAACUCCACCUACUUGAUGCUUAAAAGUGCACUUGUAUAUCGACGUGCAUUUAAGGAGCUUGCUUUAGAUGAUUCACACUACAAAUCUCUCCCUAGUGAUGAAGAUUGGGAAAGAGGAAAAAAAAUUUGUGAGGUUUUGCUUCCAUUCUAUGAUAUCACAAAUAUGUUUUCUGGAUCCACUUAUCCAACAUCUAAUUUGUAUUUCAUGCAAGUGUGGAUUAUUGAAUGUUUGUUGUUUCAAAAUAAGACUCAUGAGGAUGCGGUGAUUAGGGACAUGAUAAAAGAAAUGCAGCUGAAAUUUGAUAAGUAUUGGUGUGAUUAUAGUGUUAUUCUUGCACUUGCCUCCGUUCUUGAUCCUCGCUUGAAGCUUCAAUUUUUGGAGUUUUGUUAUUCUGACAUUGGACUUGAUGCAAUUGCUCGCCAAACUAAGAUGAGGAUUGUCAAACAAAAGAUGUAUGAUCUAUUUCAUGAGUAUGUCAACAAUUUUGAUGGUGGAAGUCAAUCCACACAAGAGACAUUGGUUACUACUAGUGACAUUGCUAAUGCUUCUCAACCUAGUAGUUCUCUUACCACCAAUGUUUUGGAUGUAAAGAUUUAUCACAUAUGA